AAAGGGAAACCAUCUCUGCUCCGUUUGACGACAUUGAUAUUCAGUACACAUGUUGUCCGAAUAAAGAGAAAAAGGAAUAGCGAAUAAAUCAAUAAUAAGAAAAUAAUUCCAGCUAUUUUAAAAUUCAUUUUAUUUUUAUUAUUAUUCCCAAAUCAAACCUAAAGAACAUCUGAGAAAACAGAGCACUGCAUUAGGUGCCGAACAGAAAGAAAUGCCACUGAAGGAAAUCACAAGGUAGCAAAUCUACCCAAGAUUCUUUAUUUAUAUCAGAAAAGAGAAAGGCAAAAACAGCACUUUCUGGAACCAGUUCUUCUAAUUUUGGGGCGAGGUAGCAACCAUGAGUGCUAAAACCAAGAGGAGAACGGCCACAGAAAAUGGAGACACAGCCACAGCAGAAGAUUCUGUUCUUGUGACUAUGAUCAAUAAUGGGGAAGAUCUAGGUCCUAUGGUCAGGCUUUCUUUUGAAAGCGGGAAGCCUGAUGCCCUUCUACAGCAGCUUAAGAAUGUCGUCAAAAAGAAAGAAGUUGAAAUAGAGGAGCUUUGUAAGCUUCACUAUGAGGAAUUUAUUGUUGCAGUGGAUGAGCUGCGUGGUGUCUUGGUUGAUGCAGAAGAGUUAAAAGCUGAGUUGCAAACUGAUAAUCUGAAGCUGCAAGAUGUUGGGAGUACCCUUCUUUUAAAACUUGAAGAGUUUCUUGAAUCUUAUUCAAUUAAGAAAAAUGUUACAGAAGCGAUUAAGAUGUCAGGCAACUGUGUCCAAGUGUUGGAACUUUGUGCCAAAUGUAACAACCACAUUUCUGAAGGUCGGUUUUACCCUGCUCUGAAGGCUGUUGAUCUCAUUGAGAAAAAUUAUUUGCAGCAUAUUCCUGUCAAGCCACUCAGGACUAUGAUAGAGAAGAGAAUACCACUGAUCAAAUCGCACAUUGAGAAGAGAGUAACUAGUGAAGUUAAUGAAUGGCUUGUUCACAUAAGGAGUACAGGAAAGGAUAUCGGGCAAACAGCAAUAGGAUAUGCUGCAUCUGCUCGUCAGAGGGAUGAGGAUAUGCUAGCCCGUCAAAGAAAAGCUGAGGAACAAAGUUGUUUGGGUUUGGGAGACUUCACUUAUACCCUUGAUGUUGAAGAGAUUAAUGAAGAAUCUGUUCUAAAGUUUGACUUAACGCCUCUUUAUCGAGCAUAUCACAUUCAUGGUUGUCUGGGGAUCCAAGAACAGUUUCGUGAAUAUUACUACAAGAACCGCUUAUUGCAGCUGAGUUCAGAUUUGCAGAUUUCCUUGUCACAACCAUUUCUAGAAUCCCAUCAAACCUUCUUGGCUCAGAUUGCAGGUUAUUUCAUUGUCGAGGAUCGGGUAUUAAGGACUGCUGGUGGGCUGCUCUUGCCAAAUCAGGUUGAGACAAUGUGGGAAACAGCUGUUGGUAAAGUAACAUCACUCUUGGAACAGCAAUUUUCCCACAUGGAUACUGCUAGCCAUCUCCUCAUGGUCAAGGAUUAUGUGACUCUUCUUGGGGCAACCCUCAGACAGUAUGGUUAUGAAGUGAGCCCAAUUCUUGGGACUCUAAAUAGUAGUCGAGAAAAAUAUCAUGAACUUCUUUUGGCGGAGUGUAGGCAACAAAUAACUGCUGUAGUCACCAAUGAUACAUUUGAGCAGAUGGUAAUGAAGAGGGAGUCAGAUUAUCAGGCAAAUGUCCUAUUGUUCCAUCUACAGACCUCUGAUAUAAUGCCAGCUUUCCCUUUUAUUGCUCCAUUCUCUUCCAUGGUGCCUGAAUGCUGUCGCAUUGUUAAGUCAUUCAUCAAAGAUUCUGUCAAUUAUUUAUCAUAUGGGAGCCAAAUGAACUUUUUUGAUUUUGUCAAAAAGUAUUUGGAUAAGCUCUUGAUUGAUGUACUGAAUGAAGUCCUACUUGAGACUAUUUACAGCGGUACUACUGGUGUGUCUCAGGCAAUGCAAAUUGCUGCAAAUAUAGCUGUUUUAGAAAGGGCUUGUGAUUUUUUUCUUCAACAUGCAGCCCAACAAUGUGGCAUUCCAGUCCGUUCAGUUGAAAGGCCUCAAGGCAGUUUAACAGCUAAGAUUGUCCUCAAAACUUCAAGAGAUGCUGCUUAUAUUGCACUGCUAAGCUUAGUAAAUGCGAAAUUGGAUGAAUUCAUGUCACUCACAGAAAAUGUCCAUUGGACAGCAGAAGAUGCACCUCAGAAUGGCAAUGAAUGCAUGAAUGAGGUCGUUAUAUAUCUUGACACCCUCUUGUCCACUGCUCAACAAAUUUUACCUCUUGAUGCUUUGUAUAAAGUUGGGAUUGGAGCUCUUGAGCAUAUCUCCAAUUCAAUUGUGGGAACUUUUCUCAGUGACUCGAUAAAGAGAUUCAAUGCUAAUGCAGUAAUGAGCAUCAACCAUGAUUUGAAAGUAUUGGAGUCAUUUGCCGAUGAGAGGUUUCACAGUACUGGGUUGAGUGAAGUUUACAAGGACGGCAGCUUUCGAAGUUGCUUGCUAGAAGCUAGACAAUUGAUAAACCUCCUUCUAAGCAGUCAACCAGAGAACUUUAUGAAUCCUGUCAUAAGGGAGAAGAACUAUAAUGCUCUAGAUUAUAAAAAGGUUGCCACUAUCUGUGACAAGUAUAAGGACUCAGCUGAUGGACUCUUUGGAAGUCUUGCAAGCAGAAAUACAAAGCAGAGUGCCCGUAAGAAAUCAAUGGAUGUGCUGAAGAAGAGAUUGCGGGAUUUCAACUGAAACUUGUGAUAAAAUGAAUAAGAAACUAGCUUUUUCUGUUAGAAAUCAAUGAAUUCUUUAUUUCUUCUGAGUUUUCUCCAGAAAGAUUCACAUUAAUUGUAUCUUCGUUCUCAAUCAUGUUAGCACUAGUUUGGUUA